UGAACCCGGCAGUGUGCGUUUAACGGGGUCGAGCCGUCGGUGGCUCUCGCCUUCCCGGCAGUGAGGAGAGGUGAUGUGCCCCGCCCCUCCGUGCGCCCCGCGAGCGAGCAGCCAGCACACGCACCGCCACCGCACCGCACCGAGCGAGCCCAGCCGUCGGCAAAGGAGAAGAUGGCAGAGCGGCAACAACAGAAACACGAAGGCAGGGUAAAGAUCGGCCACUACAUCCUCGGCGACACGCUCGGAGUGGGAACCUUCGGGAAAGUGAAGAUUGGAGAGCAUCAGCUGACAGGCCACAAAGUGGCUGUAAAGAUCCUGAACAGACAGAAGAUCCGUAGUCUCGAUGUCGUGGGGAAGAUCAAAAGAGAGAUCCAGAAUCUCAAAUUGUUCAGACACCCACACAUCAUCAAGCUGUACCAGGUGAUAAGUACACCCACAGAUUUCUUCAUGGUCAUGGAGUAUGUGUCUGGAGGGGAGCUGUUUGACUACAUCUGCAAACAUGGACGGGUGGAGGACACAGAAGCUCGCCGUCUUUUCCAGCAGAUUAUCUCAGCCGUAGACUACUGCCACAGGCACAUGGUGGUCCACAGAGACCUCAAACCUGAGAAUGUCCUGCUGGACGCCAGCAAGAACGCCAAGAUUGCUGACUUUGGUCUGUCAAACAUGAUGUCAGAUGGGGAGUUUUUACGGACAAGCUGUGGGUCCCCCAACUAUGCUGCUCCAGAGGUCAUCUCAGGAAGGCUCUAUGCCGGCCCAGAAGUGGACAUCUGGAGCUGUGGGGUAAUCCUGUACGCCCUGCUGUGCGGCACUCUGCCCUUUGAUGACGAGCACGUCCCCACGCUGUUCAAGAAGAUCAGAGGAGGCGUCUUCUACAUCCCAGAGUACCUGACCCGCUCUGUGGCCUCGCUGCUGAUGCUCAUGCUACAGGUUGACCCUCUGAAGAGAGCCACCAUCAAAGACAUCAGGGAACAUGAGUGGUUUAAGCAGGACCUACCAGGCUACCUGUUCCCUGAAGACCCUUCAUAUGAUGCCACAGUCCUGGAUGAGGAGGCUGUCAGAGAAGUUUGUGAGAAGUUUGAAUGCACUGAGUCAGAGGUUGUGUCCAGCCUUUACAGUGGAGAUCCACAGGAUCAGCUAGCAGUGGCCUAUCACCUUAUCAUAGACAACCGGCGCAUCAUGACCCAGGCCAGCGAGUUCUACUUGGCCUCCAGUCCUCCCCAGGGCUCCUUCAUAGAAGAGGGCAUGCCGCUACCCCCCGGAGUCAAACCCCACCCAGAGAGAAUGCCUCCGCUCCUGGUUGACAGCCCCAAGUCUCGUUGUCCUCUGGAUGCGCUCAACACCACACGGCCCAAACCUCUGGCAGUGAAGAAGGCCAAGUGGCACCUCGGUAUCAGGAGUCAGAGCAGACCCUAUGAUAUCAUGGCUGAAGUGUACAGGGCUAUGAAACAGCUCAACUUUGACUGGAAGGUGGUGAACCCAUACCAUCUGCGAGUGCGGAGGAAGAAUCCAGUGACGGGCAACCUGGUGAAAAUGAGCCUGCAGCUCUACCAGGUGGACAACAGAUCCUACCUCCUCGACUUCAAGAGCAUUGAUGAUGACAUCAUUGAGGCGGUGGGCUUUAAAUCGGGUUCGUCCACUCCUCAGAGGUCGGGCUCAACAGCCGGUCUCCACAGACCCAGACUGAGCAUCGACUCUGCAAGCCCUGCCAUUGAUCUGCCCCAGCUCAGCUCCUCUCUCCCAGGAUCCCUGUCCGGUAGCUCCCCUCUACUCACCCCACGUCAGGGAUCACACACCAUGGACUUCUUUGAAAUGUGUGCCAGUCUGAUCACCACACUCGCACGCUGAAGCCUGACGACUCCAAACCUUGCUGUAUCCUGGAUGUCAGUGGGGUUUUAAGCCAUUUGCAGAUCUGGGAUGUAGAGAGUGUAGAUGUUUGGAGAAAGACUUCCUCUUUCUGUCUCCUUUCCAUCUCUGUUCCAGUUCCCUUGGACUGGAAGGGUGAAGAGCAAUACCUGCGUAGUGUUCCCCACAGAUGAAGGAGAAAGAAAGAGGAGGCCUUUGGUAGAAGGGCAGAUUAAUCACUUUUUUUCUUGUUUUGACACAGUCCUUGGGUCAGAUUCUUGGUUUUUUAAAACAGUGGGCCACAGCUGAUCCUGGGACUGGAUCUUCGAGCUGGUGGAGGCCAGCAAAGUGAGAGGCGAGAGGUCACAGUUCACAGCCGUGUCGGAGUCAGCAAAGGUCAAGUUCACUGUCACUCAUCUCACAAACACCUUCAAUCUAUUAUCAACUGCUGAAAUGUCAUCAUUCACCAUAAUACUUAAUGGUGGGGCAUCCUGCUGAGUUUGGCACAGACACUGAUCGGAGGUCAGUUUUGCUUCUUGUUUAAUAUUUUGAUUAGGGGACUGGUUGUUAAAAUUGACAUUAAAUCUGUGUCUGCGGGAACGUUACCACUUGUAAAAUUUUGUUUCAGGUUGUAUAUUAUAUGGUUUCUAAAGAACAGCUUUUGUUAUCCAUGUAUAUUAUAUUUAUAUUGCAAUCAUAUUACGUAGCUAAAGGUUGACAAAGGUAUACCAAAUAUUAGACUUAUACAUCGAAAAAAAAAUUAUUAUUUAGAUAUCAGAUCCAUAUUUAUUUUUUAGAAAUGGUUUUUUUAGGCACUGUAGUUAUAUUAUUUAAGCACUGCAUCAUUGCAGAGUUUUAUCCUGAUUUUGAGUAGAUUGUAGAUGAUUAAUGAACCUAGAGAGACAGCAGGAUGGUAGAACGAUAAUACUCAGCAUGGUACUGAGUGUGUGUUGCAUUUGGUCUUGAAGACAGGCGCACACCAUCUCACAUGAGUUUUUGACGAGCAAUGGGCUAUCUCAUUGUAUUUCAAAGAUACAUAUCACUGCUAAAGACUCCUUUACACUUGAGUUGAGUCCUUAACAAAUGACAAGUUGAGAAACUGUUAUGCUACUCACCCAGGCCUGUACAGAAUGUAAUUAAAAAAGGCCUGUGACAUCAGGAGGACAAGCAUGGCAGACAGUCACAUAUGCAGUAAGCUGAAAUAAGACAGAAGCCAUGUGAAGUUUAUAUUGGAGAAGGCCACAGUUCAUAUAUAACUAUUUUCCUUAAUCCUUCUCCUUUCAGCCUUCAGCAUUUAAUUGUGAAAAAAUGUCUAAUCUAAUAAAAAAAAUCCCCACAUAUAUUACUUUACAUUUAAAUUGAAGAGCAACCAAAUUUACAGCAAAUGUUUAGUUCAAUAAUCAGUUUUCACAAUUGCCACUGAUCGUAUCAACAGUAAUAAACAAAUUGUGACUAGUUAACUGGCUCUGUGACCCUACUGUAUAUGAAUAAUUAAUGAGAUGAUGAUGAUAGAGCAGGAGGAAAAGAUUAAGAUUACAAAUCCACGUGAGAUGGUGUGUUAUCUGCUGUAGUAUUGUAGACAGUCUAAGCUACAGAAACCUUUCUCCAGUUGCCUUAAAGAAUGCAACACAGUGAUUCUUUGCAUAUGUACUGGUAUGUGGAGAGUGUGUGUAUGAGGCAGUGUCUGUAAUGGAGAUAAGAUGGGUGGAGCGUGUCACAUGAUUGUCAUGUUUUCGUACUGGCAUAACACUGGUGUGUUUGUGGUGGUUUGUGAGAUGAGCAGAGUUGGUAGAAAGUGCAAAACAGAACAAAAUGGCGAGAAUCAAAACAUGAUGCUUUGGUGUGUUGUAGCUGUCGGAGCUGCUUUCUACGUGUGUGUAUCUUCUGUUUAGCUGUUGUUGUCUGUUCAGUCUGCACUUUAAAACUCAUGUGCUGAGGCCAGCAGUUUGCAGAUUUACUGUUUAUUGCACCACACACUUUAUGUGAAAGCACAAACUUUACUGUACCUGUUGUUUGUGGUUCUACAUAUUGAUGAAUGCCACGGCGUGAUUACUUUCAUAAAUGUUCUGCAUUGUCCUGUCACUCGUACCGUAGCGGUGUUGUGUAUUGCUGUUGUCAUUGGAUAUUUUUUCAAAAUCUCUUCUGACUGAAUGUAAAGUGAAAGCUGGUGCUGCUCAGAUGAGUUCUCUCCGUGUAUGUUCCUUUGGUUAGUGUUGUUUUGAUGGAGAGCACUGGACUGUUGCCUUUCUACUGUUCUCAGUAUAACACAGAGGAUGGAGGGGUAGUACCUCACUUUAGACUGCUUUCUAUGAAUAAAACUAUAUGUAAUAAAUACUGUAAAUAAGACAUGAGGAAAUAAACAAUCAUCUGAAUAAGCACAGUAAAAUACUGUAUAUAAAUGAAGCAAUAUAUUUUGAAAUAAUUGAAGAACUUGCUUAACCUCAGCCCACUAUUAUGAAAUUUAAUUGAUUUUUACUUUCACGGACUGGGGGUAUGCGAAUGGCUAAAGGACAAGGAGGCAGUGACUGGAGACAACACUGUCAUUAAAGUUUUAUGAAAUGAAAAUAUAUAAUGCAAAAAUAUCUGUAUUUCUGCUUUCAUAAAGUUACUAUGAAAUAAGAACAAUUAAAUAACAUUUCAUAAUAAUGGGCUGAGAUAUAAUCAUGAAAUUAUUUCAGUUUGUUUAUACAUGUAGAUCAUUUUUUCUGUAUUUAUUCUUGAUUAUUUAUUUCAUGUCUUAUUUAUUAUUUAACUGAGACCAAGUUAAUAUUAGCCACACAACAGUCUAGACUGCAACUAUUCAUCCAAAAGACUGAGUACUUUGUUGGACCUACAAUAAUGGGAUGUGAAGUGAGGUUUGAGAACUCUGUACUGUUGAAACAGCUUUUGAUUUUUGCCUUAUGAAAACAUCGUGAAGGCUUUUGGCUGAGACAGCGAAAGCCACAUUACUCGUUACUUUGCUGAAACCCUUUAUUACGCAUCAUCUGUUUUUGUAUCCUGUGUAGAGUUGUCUGUUCUGUCUGGCACGGCACAUAGACCACUGAGUGUACUUCGAUGUCAGAGGGAGGAAACCUGCUCCCUGCAGCAAGAUACACGAAACUGCACGCACACACCCCUUUGUAAACACUAAUCCAUGCUCUUCUGUCAGUCUUCUAUAUUACACUCUAUUGCAGUGUCUUAAUAACUUGUCCUCUGUAUGGUGAGCUACGGUCACAUCAGGAUCACAUCUGGCCCAUUAUGCAUUAAUUCCUGAUACUGCUGCUCGUGGCAACAAUACAAAAUAUUGAUCAAUGAAGUGCACUAUCCUGGAGAGGUCAUGGGUCAGAUUUAAAAACUCCUCUGAUAUAACCAGUAUUUACUGUCAGAUGUAGUACUGUUCCAUUACAACUGUAUGCAACUACCAGUGGCAUGUUAGUCAUGUAAACUCUAAUCUGUGUUUAGAGCUGGAAACACAUGCCAGAUGGCCUAAUCAAAUACAGACUUUCCGUGUUGUACCAAAGUGAGUAUUUUCCACAGCAAAGCUGUGCUGUCUGUUUAUCUGUGGUGGGGUUCUUAUUAUUAGUGUAACCUUAAAUACCCCAAUGUAUGUGUGCGUGCGAUAUGUGUGCGUGAAUGCACACUGGUUAAUGUGAAAGAAUGUGUACACGGGUGUGUUUCUGCACAUCUGUUUGUGUGAAUGUGACAGUGUGUUUUUCAACUGUCUCUCCCUGUCUCUCUGUCUGAUUGGGGUUUGGAUUUUUCUUGUUAUGCACUGCAUGAUAUUGCUGUUAUGAUUUGCACUUUAAUGAGUAUUUAUUGAAAAACAAUAAACAAAUAUAUAA